AUGGAUUCCUCCAAGACGUCUGCAGCUCCCAAUGAAACCCUCUCAAGAACGCCCCCUCGCCCUCCCCCUCCCAUCGAUCCCUUCGUCGUCUCUGACCGUCUGAGUGAUCCGUCCCUUACAGCGACUCCUUUACCAGCCUCUCCGUCUGCGGUUUCCUCUUCGUCGCUCCUAUCGCCGUCCGAUCUUCCCGCACGUUCGGGCGUCAACCCGGUGCCGCAUCCAGCACCAAGGCGCGUUCCCAGUGCAAGCUCGCUAAGAGAUGAACGGCGUCAAUCAACACCUAAUCUGAAGAAGCGCUCUUCUACUGCCUCUCUCCGUUCUAGCCAACUCGGAGGUUCUACCUCUCCCCGACCCAGCAUGUCGCGUCGCUCGUCCUCUGCUCUUGCGACGUCACCUACGGCCGCCUCUGCGAACGCUGGCGGUCCGGCCGCGCCCAGUAAGGCUUCGCUCGCUGUAGAGCAGCCUGUGUUAACGGCUGCUUCCAUCGCCGCUGAGCACUUCAAAAAGGAGUUCAACCACCAUCAGUCUGCCGAUCUACAAUCCGAGACUUUGGUGAUCAUUCAUGAUGCGUGUUAUGGCCAUCGCUUUUCGCGUCCCCGCACUACUCGCGCCGCGUUGAGCUCGAUUGUUGAGCGGCCGGAGCGCGUUCAGGCCUGUGUUGUAGGCAUCUCCGCUGCGUAUGUUCGGCUUGCCCGCAGACAUGCUGGUGGGCUGUUUGCUCCCCACCCAGAUUUGGAUCUGCGCGAGCUCCCUGUUCCGCCGUUCCAGAUCCGCAAGACAGAUCGGGCUUUGGCGAUAAACUCCCCAGCGGUCACCCAUGUGCACGGAACGAAAUGGAUGGAAGACCUCAAAUUAAUGUGCGACGCUGCUGAAUCGCGCCUCGCGCUUAAUGGCAAGGAAUUAGUACGGCCUCGUAGUGCUGGGAAAGAUAACUCUAGCGGGAACCCUGGGCCGGUAUUUCAUGAAGGAGAUCUAUAUUUAUGCUCCGAAUCGUUGGACGCAUUCGAAGGAGCGUUGGGUGGAGUGUGCGAAGGCAUAGACGCUGUGUUUAGCCCCGGACCGACGAAACGCGCAUUCGUUUGUAUUCGGCCUCCGGGGCAUCAUUGUUCUUCUGGCAACCCAUCCGGAUUUUGCUGGAUCAACAAUGUUCAUGUAGGAAUCUCCUACGCUGCGAUGACCCAUGAUCUCACCCACGCUGCGAUCCUGGACUUUGAUCUCCAUCACGGUGAUGGCUCGCAGGAUAUCGCUUGGGAACAGAACAAGAAGGCGUUAGCUGCUCCGAAGAAUGCUGCCGCCCACAAAAAAGCUAUGGUUGGGUAUUUUAGCUUGCACGAUAUCAAUUCGUACCCGUGUGAGAUGGGCGAAGCGGAGAAGAUCCGCAACGCGAGUGUAUGCAUUGAGAAAGCACAUGGGCAAUCUAUCUGGAACGUACAUCUGGAACCGUGGAAGACAGAGCAGGACUUUUGGGAGCUCUAUUCUGCGAAAUACUCAAUCCUGAUAGAGAAGGCUCGUGACUUUCUGAAGAUGCACACUGACCGUCUGGCAAGUGUUCCCAAUGGCCCUCCACCCAAGGCGGCAAUAUUCAUUUCGGCCGGCUUCGAUGCUAGCGAAUGGGAAGGCAUGGGCAUGCAAAGGCACAAGGUCAAUGUUCCUACCGAAUUUUACGCCAGAUUCACAGCCGAUGUUGUGCGGAUGGCAGAGGAGGAAGGUCUUGGUGUUGAUGGGCGAAUCGUAAGCGUCCUUGAAGGAGGGUACAGUAAUAGGGCUCUUACGACUGGUGUUUUGAGUCACUUGUCAGGGCUAGGGGAUACCAAGGGUGUGCAAUUGCUCGAUGAUCGUCACAUCGACCGUUUGGCGACUGAGAUGACAGAACGCCUCGGCUUGUCCGACACCCCUCCUGAAAGGCCAGCUUUUCAGGCCGCUUAUGAUCAGGAAUGGUGGUCUCUGCCUCUGUUGGAGGAGCUGGAGGCCUUAGUAUACCCGCCUCCUCCCAGCAAGCCUAAAGAGAAAUCAGCCCCGACCUACUUCGCCCCAACCCAAUCGUUUGCUGCAAAGGUUGUCUUACCGGCAAGGGAUCGGCGCUCCACCGGCUCCCAUAGCUCAGAGCAGGAGUCACCACCUCUACCACCAGUCAAUUGGGCCGUGGCCGCACACGAGCUGUCCAAGGUUCUAAUACCAAGCGACCGGCGAACCGGCAGCUGCCGGCCUGAAGAACUCAAUGCUGAGGCUUCACGCUUGAGACGUGAACGCCACGCAACAGCAACCGGCAUCAGCGAUGCAGUGAAGACGCCGACGGGACCAGCUGCAGGAGAGGAGAAGAUGAAACUCCGUAUAAGGAAACCCAAGACUUCCUCUCCCAUUGUUUCAGAGCCUGCGACUCCCGCCCGUCGGACUAACAAGGACAAUCGCAGAACAACAUUAGAUCCUCCAAGCGUUGCCCGCGACUCAUCCAAGUCCCCUGGGCCGCGCAUUUCACGAAGAAAGAGUGCAGCUCCGACAACUUCCAAAACAUCUUCGGCUACUGAGGAAGACCAACCCCCUCCGCGGCCAUUGUCGCAGGGCUCAGUGACGAUACGCAAAACUAGUGUGUCGCGAUCUGCAGCUCCCAGGCGCUCUGCGAGUCCCAAGGGAGCGCCACCUUUACCCCGUAUGCCGACCAAGUUCCUACCUGCAACUACUCAAGAUGAGCAGUCGAGGGCAUCGCAGCAUACGUCUGGCGCCAGCGAGAGGGCGAGUGACGACAUGGAUAGUCUCACGUCCGGCGUACGAAAGCUGAGCAUAAAGCUGAAAGUGCCUUCUCCGGAAGAGAAUGCAGCCCGGGAGAGGAAGGCAGCAGAGGAGCGCAAGCGUAAGAUCCUUAAAGGGUCAUCUAAGGCUCCUCGGUCUCCCAAGAAAGCGCCAGCGGCUAAGCAACCUCUAACCGAUACUUCCAAAAAGAUAUCCCAGCCUUCUCCGAACAACUCCCACAUGGACUCGCCGCUUCCAGAUGUCCCUAGACAAAUGUCCACUGACACUGAGGCGUCGUCUGCUGAAAAUCAAAUAAGCCAACCUUUGGCGACAACGGAUGCUUCUUCGCCCACGCCUACCAUCGAGGCUAAAGAAUCGCUUCCAAUUGAAGACCACCAUCGAGGCAAAGAGCAAGCCAUUGGCGGACUUAGUCAUUCGUCAUCUCAGGGUACAUACGCUGUGAUUUCACCACCUCUCACCCCUGGCCAUGCUGGCGAUCCUGCAGGUCCCAUGUCCACUCUAUUUUCGCCUCCUGCGUCAGCGUCGGUAACCAGAGAUGGCCUUCCUGGAUUCACAUCCAAUGGACGAAUACCGUUUGCUCCGACUGAUGACUCACAAAGAUCAACCAUGACUAUUACCCGGUCAGAAUAG